AUGGCAACUCAAUCGGCUUCUCUCUCACCUCCAGUGUUCAAUGGGGACCAGUAUCACAUCUGGGCUGUUAGAAUGAGAGCCUACCUAAGAGGGCAAGGGCUGUGGCAGUAUGUGGAAGAGGAGAAACAGCCACCGCAGCUUGGUCCAAACCCAACUCUGAAUCAAAUGAGGAUGUAUGAGGAGGAGAUGUCCAAAGCUCCAAGAGAUUUUUCUCACAUACACUCUGCAGUAACAGACCUUGUAUUUACAAGGAUAAUGGCGUGUGAAACUGCAAAGGAAGCUUGGGAUAGAUUGAGGGAGGAGUUCAUGGGGAGUGAUACAACCCGAAAUAUGCAAGUUAUGAACCUGCGAAGAGAGUUCGAAAUGCUAAGAAUGCAGCAGGUAGAGAAGGUUAAAGAGUAUGUAGAUAGGCUUAUGAGUGUAGUGAACAAGAUUAGAUUAUUGGGAGUUGAGAUGAGUGACAAGAUGAUAGUUGAGAAAGUGUUAGUCAGCCUACCGGAAAGAUUUGAGUCCAAGAUAUCUUCCUUAGAAGAUUCAAAGGACCUCUCCCAAAUCAGCCUCACCGAAUUGGUUCAUGCCCUGCAGGCCCAAGAACAGAGAAGGUUGAUGAGUGUGCAAGAACAAAAGUGCACAGCCAUCAAGCAAGCACAAAGUGCAGAAGACCAGCAGCAGAGCAGUGAACCCGAGCAGCUGUUUAUAGCUUCAUGCUACUCCAUGCAGACCACCGGUGAUGUUUGGCUAAUAGACAGUGGUUGUACUAACCACAUGGCAGCAAAACUGGAGAAUUUUGUCAGGAUAGACAGAACAUACAACUCCAAGGUCAAGGUGGGAAAUGGUGAGUAUGUGGAGGCAAAAGGGAUCGGAGAUGUGGCUGUCCAAACUCAAUCUAAAUCUUUAAAUGGCAGCAAGUACUUUGUACUCUUCAUUGAUGACUACUCAAGGGUGGCUUGGGUGUAUUUUCUUAAGCAGAAAAAUGAAGUAGCUGUUGUGUUUAAGAAAUUCAAGUUGCUGGUGGAGAAUGAAGUUGGAACCUUGAUCAAAACCGUAAGAAGUGACAAUGGGACAGAGUACACCUAA